GUCUUUUCACAGUGGAAGCUUUUUAUAUACACAGGAAAAAUUUUUAGUUGUGUAUACAGAAGCGGUUUUUUACUAAUCACAUUUACUACACUGGCCUUACAUCUUCAUUCUCAAACAUAUACAAUAAUUUGGUAUACUGUAAUCCAUAAUCAUUCCUUUUUUUCUCUUUUUUUCAAUAUACUUGAUACAUAUUCUGAAUUUCUUACUCUUAUGUCCCUGUAGUUUCCACAUCGGAUUGUUCCCAUAUGAAUGGUUUCUUAGCUGAAGUUAAGGAUUGGUCUGGCUCAAAUGGUCUUAAACUAAAUCCAACUAAAUGUAACACUGUUGAUUUCAGCUUGAGAAGUGAAAAAGACAUGCAUGGAUUGAUCCAAUCUCAUGAUUGUUGUAAUAUUGAUGGUACCAUGAUAGAGAGUAAGUCAAGUGUUUCUUAUCUUGGCAUUAGUUUCUCGUCAAAUCUUUGCUGGUCGUCUCAUAUUCUUAUAGUUUCUAAGAAAGUUUUCCGUCUGAUUUAUUACAUAAAGAAGUUGAGACACUCAGGUAUAACUCAAUCUCUUAUCAUACAAUUUAUUAAUUCAUGUGUUUUGCCCAUCAUUCUUUAUUGUUCUCCAUUAUUCUUCGCUGGGCUACUCAAGAAAGACCAUAUAAUACUACGAAGAACAUUGAGGCUGUAAGUAGGGUCAGUGCUAUCCCUUUGACUCAACUAAGUGACACUGUUGUCAAUAGGCAUAUGAAUUCUUGUAAACACUUAGCUAAAGUUAUCUUAUCUGAUAGUGAACAUCCUCUUUAUUCACAAUUGUUUCCUUGUGUCUCUCCGGGUAAGACCAGAAGAAAUUUCAUAAAUAUUUAUGCUCGUACUACAAAAUAUAAAAAUUCGACCGUACCAUAUUUGGCACGAGUAUUGUGUGAAGAGACAAAUAUCAGAAACGAACUUUUACAACUUUUAAAUCAU